GUGCGGCUGCUGACAUAGUGUUUCUAGUGGAUUCCUCUUGGAGUGCUGGGAAGGACCGUUUCCUGCUCGUUCAAGAGUUUCUGUCUGAUGUUGUAGAGUCUUUAGCUGUGGGAGACAAUGAUUUCCAUUUUGCUCUGGUCCGGCUCAACGGAAACCCACAUACCGAGUUCCUGUUAAAUACGUACCACACUAAGCAAGAAGUCCUCUCUCAUAUUCUGAACAUGUCUUACAUUGGGGGAAGCAGUCAUACGGGAAAAGGAUUAGAAUACAUAAUUCACAGCCACCUCACCGAGGCUUCUGGAAGCCGGGCCGCUGCUGGAGUCCCUCAGGUUAUCAUAGUGUUAACCGAUGGACAAUCAGAGGACGGCUUCGCUCUGCCCUCAGCGGAACUUAAGUCUGCGGACGUUAACGUGUUUGCAGUUGGAGUUGAGGAUGCAGAUGAAAGAGCCUUAAGAGAAAUAGCCAGCGAACCGCUCAGUAUGCAUGUUUUCAACCUAGAGAACGUUACCUCACUUCAUGAUAUAGUAGGGAACUUAGUGUCCUGUAUACACUCCUCCGUGAAUUCAGAGAGGGCUGGGGAUACGGAAAGCCUUAAAGACAUCACAGCACAAGACUCAGCCGACAUUGUUUUCCUUAUUGAUGACUCAGACAACACCGGAAGUGCCAAUUUUGCUGUCAUUCGAGACUUCCUUGUAAAUGUCCUUGAGAGACUCUCAGUUGGAAAUCAGCAGAUCCGAGUGGGGGUGGUCCAGUAUAGUGAUGAACCCAGAACCAUUUUCUCCUUGGAUGCCUACCCCUCCAAGGCCAUGGUUCUGGAUGCUGUGAAAAGGCUCGGCUUUGCUGGGGGGGAGUUGGCCAACAUAGGCCUGGCCCUUGACUUUGUGGUGGAGAAUCACUUCACUCGGACAGGUGGCAGCCGGGCAGAGGAAGGGGUCCCCCAGGUGCUGGUUCUCAUAAGUGCCGGGCCUUCUAGUGAUGAGAUCCGGGAUGGGGUGUUAGCUCUGAAGCAGGCUAGUGUGUUCUCAUUUGGCCUUGGAGCCCAGGCUGCCUCCAGGGCAGAGCUUCAACACAUAGCUACCGAUGACAGCUUGGUGUUUACUGUCCCGGAUAUCCGUAGCUUUGGGGACCUCCAGGAGCAAUUACUGCCGUACCUUGUUGGUGUGGCCCAAAGGCACAUUGUCUUGCAACCGCCAACUAUUGUCACACAAGUCAUGGAAGUCAACAAGAGGGACAUAGUCUUCCUGGUGGAUGGUUCCUCCAGCCUGGGGCAGUCCAACUUCAAUGCCAUCAAAGACUUCAUUACCAAAGUCAUCCAGAGGCUGGAAAUCGGACAAGACCUGGUUCAGGUGUCAGUGGCUCAGUAUGCAGAUACUGUCAAGCCCGAGUUCUAUUUAAAUACCUACCACACCAAAAGGGAUGCCAUAGCGGUUGUGAAGAGGAUGAAGGCCCUGGAAGGCUCAGCCCUCUACACGGGCUCGGCUCUGGACUUUGUUCGAAAUAACCUGUUCACUAGCUCAGCUGGCCAUAGGGCAGCUGAGGGGGUCCCUAAGCUCCUGGUGCUGAUGACGGGUGGUAAGUCCCUCGAUGAGGUCAGCCAGCCGGCCCAGGAGCUGAAGCGGGGCAGCAUCAUGGCCUUUGCCGUGGGCAGCAGGGCUGCUGAUGAGGACGAGCUGAAAGAGAUCGCUUUUGACUCCUCCCUGGUCUUCACUCCUGCUGAGUUCCGCCCUGCUCCUUUGCUAAGCAUGCUACCCAAUCUGCUGGCGCCCCUCAGGACCCUCACUGGAACCACAGAAGUUCACGUAAACAAACGGGAUAUCAUCUUCCUUUUGGAUGGAUCCGACAACGUUGGAAAAAACAAUUUUCCUUACGUGCGUGACUUUGUAACCAACCUAGUUAACAGCCUCGAUGUUGGAAGUGACAAUAUCCGUGUCGGCUUAGUGCAAUUUAGUGACACUCCCGUCACAGAGUUCUCUCUAGACACUUACCAGACCAAGUCAGAGAUGCUUGCUCACCUGAGGCGCUUGCAGCUCAAGGGGGGCUCGGGCCUGAACACAGGCUCUGCCUUGAGCUAUGUCCAUGCCAAUCACUUCACGGAGGCAGGCGGCAGCAGGAUCCAGGAACGUGUGCCUCAGCUGCUGCUCCUGCUUCUGGCGGGCCCUUCUGACGAUGCCUAUUUGCAAGCUGCCAAUGCCCUGGUGCGCGAGGGCGUGCUGACCUUCUGUGUGGGGGCCAGCCGGGCGGAUAAGGCUGAGCUAGAGCACAUUGCUUUUAAUCCGAGCCUGGUGUAUCUCAUGGGCGAUUUCAGCUCCCUUCCAGAUUUGCCUCAACAGCUGAUCCAGCCCCUAACCACAUAUAUUAGCGGAGGUGUGCAGGAAGUUCCACUAACCCAGCCAGGUAAACCUCCCGCCAGUGUGGGCCCCUCCCCCUCCUCAGAUGUCCUCCCGGCAGCAGUGACCAAUGCCACCCCAGAGGGGAAGGAUGGCAAGUGGGUUCACUUUGGUUGGACCAGUUGAAGACACUGCUGUAGAAAACUUAGACUCUAAGUGUAGAGCACUCAGCUGUGCCCUGUUCAUGCUGUCUCGGAUUUAUUUGGAAG